AUGGCCAAAAUCGUUCCGCCGAUGAACUUCGGCUUGGUUGAAGAUGGCUUCUACCGAUCUGCACAGCCCUCUGAGCUCAACUUCAGCUUCCUCGAGAAGCUGAAUCUGCGAGCGGUCAUCUGGGUUGGCGCAGAGGAGCCUUCCGAUAUACUACUAUCAUUCCUCGAUUCCCAAGGAAUCGUCCUACACAACCUCUCACCUCAGCCCUCACUCAACCCUCACUUUCCCCCACCGGCCUCGACACCCGACAUCCACCCCUUCCCCUUCCCCUCGCAAGCCCAAGGCCAGGGCGCCGGGAACCUUCAGCUCCACCUCCCACCCCUCCCUCCACCUCCAGAACCGCUCAUCAUCCGCGCGUUGACCCUGUUGCUCCAGGCGCAGACAUUCCCGGUGCUCGUGUGCUGCAAUAUGGGCAGACACCGGACGGGAACGGUCGUAGGGUGUUAUCGCAAGCUGCAGAGGUGGGCGCUGAGCAGCAUAUUGGAGGAGUACAGGCGGUAUGCCGGGAUGAAGGUCAGGGUGUUGAAUGAGCAGUUCAUUGAGCUGUUCGAUACAGAUUUGGUGUCCGUCACAGCCGAGCCAGCUUCGUGA